UUUAAGAGAAACGUAGCUGGCAGAUAGGAUUCAGUUCCUCCCAGUACAGUAGGUGGCGGUAAUGCACCAUAACGUUGGAUGCCAACUUCCGAUAAACGCCAAAGAAGAACACCAGCCGUACCGCCGACAAACCUAACAGAAGAGCCUCAGCUGAAUUGACCACGUGACAUUUGAAGAUGGCUGCCUGCAUGGAGAAAAAAAUAAAUUCAGAUGAACAGGAGUGGAUACUGGAGCCUCUGUGUUUCCCUGAGCAGCCUGCUACAGACAUCGGCACCAACUCAUCCUCUCAUCAUGACAUGGAGGUGGUGACCUGUGUGCUCUGCUCUCACUCCGCCCCUUUGUCAGAGAAGGACGGCCUCCUAAAGCACCUAGUACUGGAGCACAAGCUGGUCAUCGCUGAUGUCAAACUCAUCGCUGACUUUCCUAAAUACAUGGAAUACUGGAAGAACAGAAUCUCUGAGCAACCCAUCACAGAUUUCUGCAGUGUAAUCCAGACUAACUCGCAGGGCCCUGUUGAAAAACAGGAGCACUACUUCCUUCUGUGUGAUGUCCUGCCAGAGGACAGGGUCCUCAGAGAACAUCUCCAACAGAAACGACUGGAGGAGAUCCUGGAGCAGCAGCAGAGGGAGAGGGAUGACGACAGCUUCCAACGCAUCUGCAUGUUCUGCAAUGACGAGUUCACUGGGAACAGGUCGUCACUGCUCAACCACAUGGCCAGGGAUCACUCGUUCAGCAUGGGACUGCCUGACAACAUAGUGUACUGCGUAGAGUUCCUUGACCACCUACAGAGAAAACUGGAUAAUCUGCAGUGCCUGUAUUGUGAGAAAACAUUCAGAGACAAGACGACACUGAAGGAUCACAUGAGAAAGAAACAGCACCGCAGAAUCAAUGGCAACAACAGCGAGUAUGACUGCUUCUACAUCAUCAACUACCUGGAGCUGGGGAAAACAUGGGAAGAGGUCCAAUCUGAGGAUGAUCGGGAGAUGGUGGAGGAUGAAGAUGAUGUUGUAUUUACCAUUGAGGAAAUGGCUCUCUGCCCUCUCUUCAGUGAUUGGUCAGACUGGCAGGCUCACCCAGUGUGUGCUGUGUGCCUGUUCUGUGAGCAGCAGUCAGAGAGCAUGGAGAAGAUCUACACACACAUGGAGGAAACCCACGGAUUUGAUCUGCACAAGUUGAAGACCGAACUCGAUCUGCGGUUCUACCAGCAGGUCAAACUGGUAAACUACAUCAGACGAGAGAUCCACCAGUGCCGUUGCUACGGUUGCCAGGAAAAGUUUGGGUCCAAACCUGAGGUUAUACGUCAUGUAAUAGAGGCAGGUCACGUGAUGCAGCUACCAGAGACGUCAACCUGGGACCAACCACAGUAUUACUUCCCCACCUAUGAGAACGACGCCCUCCUCUGUGCCUUGUCAGACAGUGACAGUGAUUCAGAACACACAGGCCCUUGGGGAGACGUCCCUGUCAUAGCUGAGGACAUCUCUAACCUGAAAGUCCUGAAGCAGACCAGCAUCCUCAGCCACCUUCUGAAGAACACAGACAGCUCUAGUUAAAAAGCUGGAUGGAUGGACCAAUGAUGUUAUAAACUCAGUGGAGGAUGCUCAGGGGAGAACGGCUCAUAGAGGGACACAGUGCAACAACUUCUCGCUUCGCUGUAUCUCCAACAAGACAGUGAUGCUCAUCAGACACUGUGCACUUAGCAGACCAGCACGCAUGUGCGGAAAUGAACAUGGCCAGUUUCACAAGAAUUUCCUGAGCCUGGACUACAUUUAUGUAUGAUUUAAUGUCAUACUUGGUACACAUCACCAUGUACAACAUACCUGCAGGUGGAUUUAAGUUUCAUACAGUGAUACUGAGAAAUGUGACCUCACAGCAGAGAUGUGACAAUUGCUGAAUGUAAAUAAACAUUAUGAAUAUACUAUAA